AGGCUGGAGAGGCAGAAGGAGGCUGAGAGGAGAUGGUAUUACAGAGCUGCCAUCUGAUUGGCUGGACGGUCUUGGCUGGGCUAUAAAUGAGACCCCUGCAGGCUUGGGAGGGAGAAGCUCAGAGGAUUCUGACAGUAUCUUUACCGGAGAAAAGGCAAAGUGUGCUCAGAAGAGAAGCCACAGCUCUUCCUGCUGCAUUUCUUUCCUAACGUGAAUCCCACACUACACAAGAUGUGCAAAGGACUUGCAGGUCUGCCGGCUUCUUGCUUGAGGAGUGCAAAAGAUAUGAAACAUCGGCUCGGUUUCUUGCUGCAGAAGUCUGAUUCCUGUGAACAUAAUUCUUCCCACAGCAAGAGGGACAAAGUGGUGAUUUGUCAGAGGGUGAGCCAAGAGGAAGUCAAAAAGUGGGCUGAAUCACUGGAAAACCUGAUUAGUCAUGAAUGUGGACUGGCCGCUUUCAAAGCUUUCUUGAAGUCUGAAUACAGUGAGGAGAACAUUGACUUCUGGAUCAGCUGUGAAGAGUACAAGAAAAUCAAAUCACCCUCUAAACUAAGUCCCAAGGCCAAAAAGAUCUAUAAUGAAUUCAUCUCAGUCCAGGCAACCAAAGAGGUAAACCUGGACUCUUGCACCAGGGAGGAGACAAGUCGUAACAUGCUGGAGCCUACGAUAACCUGCUUUGAUGAGGCUCAGAAGAAGAUUUUCAACCUGAUGGAAAAGGAUUCAUACCGCCGCUUCCUCAAGUCCCGAUUCUAUCUUGAUUUGGCCAACCUUUCCAGCUGUGGGUCAGAGAAGCAGAAAGGAGCCAAAAGUUCUACAGACUGUCCUUCCCUGGUGCCCCAGUGUGCCUAAUUCUUGCUCAGUGGCGGAGGCUGAAAUGCCAAGACUCUAUGCCUGGAAAACCUGAGGCCAAAUAUUGAUCUGUAUUAAGCAUCAGUGCUUUCUUCACAUCGUAGCCUAGUGUUCAUGCUGCUGGCUAUGUGUGAGUCACUCCCAUACAAAAACUAGAUUUUGUUUUGGUGUUCUGGUGUUCAUCAGGGCAGGACCUCAUUCCAGUCCAAUUUUCCCAAAUUUCUUUUAGGGUGCCAUGUGAGCAAGUAUCCAAAUAAUGGCCUUGUGGGUCUGGAUUUUCUCUCCUGCCAACAGUGUGACCUCAGGUUGGUGGGUUGGUGGUUGGGACACUUCAUGUGACAUCCACAGGCACAUGUGUUCUGUUAACCAGCACUUUCUCCAAACUCGAGAUGUUUAGAUGAGGUUGAUCUACUUUAUGUACAUGUGUGUGUGCAUGUGUGUGUGUGUAUAUAUAUAUACCCAUGUACAUAUGUACAUACACACAUUCUGUAUAGAUGUAUGUAUAUAUACAUACAUAUAUAUUUCUGCAAGAAUGGCAGGAAAGACCCUAGGUGCUCAUAACUAGAGUGUGUGUACAUACAUACAUGCGUGUUCUGAUCCCCAGUCUUUCACUCUGCAACUGAACAGGGCAAACUAAACCAGCUGCUCUGCAGGCUAAGAAAGGAAUGCUAACCUGUGGAAAGUUGAUUCUGUAAAACUCCAUGAGUUUUGCUAGAGAAACAUCCCAGGGAUUUCAUGCUUAGUUUGACCACCGACAGCCUCCAAGUUGGACAGUAUUCUACGGCGCAAACAUAAAGGAUCUUAUGCCUGCCUGACACAGGGCUGUCUUUAGCUGGUUAUCACUAAUGGCACUUUUGAGUCCCCAAGCUGCUGGCCUCCCCUUCCUUGCUUGGGUGCUUGCUGCAUAAUAGUGGGAGCCAGAUUGGUAUGGAGUUGGAGAUGAGGUGCUUGAACAGAAUGAAGAAACUUAGGUAGGGCCUCGCCAGCUCUACCUACUAUAAGAUGCUGGCUGAGUAAGGGCACAGGAUUUAAAGAUUAAUAUUCUUAUCCCCUACUCUUUUUUCCUCUCUUGAUUAAGGUGCUCUUCUCAUUUUGCUUUUCCCUGAGAACUUUAGCCAUCAGAUGAGGCUCCUUAGUUCACUGUGGUCGUUUGUUUCCCCAUAAUGGCUCUAGGCUAUUUGCCUAUUCCUUAUAAACCAGCAUCAGGGGAGAGAUUCUAUUUUAUAAGGGGGGAACAUGUUUUCACAAACUGAAAAGCCCUCAUAAGUUUCUCUUUUGAAGGUAGAAUCUGGUUCAUUCCAUCCCAAACAUCAGGACUCACAGACUGAAGGCAUUUCUUUCUAGGCUCUGAGAUGAAAUGAGAGAGAAAAGAAAAUAAAAAAGGAAAAACGGAUACCAAUUUUUAGAACUACUGUUUAGAACUUUUCUCAAGGCACAUGAAAUACUUGAAAAUGUCUCCUUUAUGUUAUUUAUGAUGUUUUGUACAAUGUUUUUAUUACUGUAUCGUUUUAUAAAUGGAGGUGCAGGAUAUCACCUGAAUUAUUAAUGAAUGGCCAGGAAGUAAUUUUCUUCUCAUUCUUUUAAAACUACUGCCUUUGGAGUGCACACACAUGCAUACCUGAACACUGAAAGGAUUUUUCCAGUAUAAGUUACAUGCAUGGGCACCUUUGUGGCUUUUAAGCCAUUAGAUGUAAUAGGCUGCAAAAUGAAGACACCGGAGUGUGUGUAUACGAAUCUCAAUGUAUUAAAGGUAUAGGUUUCCUCAGUUGUACACUUUUUGUCUCUCUGGCAGUCUUGCUUUCAGUGUCCCCAGAGUUCCUCAUCAGUGCCCCUUUCUGUUAUAUGCAGUUCCACACUUUGUCUCUAGUUAACUCCAGGAUCCAAACGUGGUAACUCUAUUGGUCUUGCCCUAUUAGAACUGUUAUGACUUUCAGAUUGUAUCUGUACUCACAGACUGCUGUCUCACCAAUAGGUCUGGAAAGUCAUUCUGAAUGAGAAGUAAAUUAUUUUAUGUAAUACUUUUCUCAAGUGUGUUUUUCCAUUGUAUUUCCCCCUUAUUUCGUCACUAUUUGGCAUGCUGAGCUUACCUGCUUGUGGUCCAUGGACAGAAUACUCCUUCCAUGUGCAUGCCUGUUUUGAUCAUCAUGUACUUUAAAGGCCUCAGAGCAGAUGCUUCCAGUGAAACACACGCAUCUUAAUAAUAAGGGUCAAUAAAUGCUUCAUAAAAAACCA